CAAAUUGACAACUGGGACUCUUGAGAAAUAUAGGCAGCAUCCACGGCAGCUCAUGCAUUCACUUCGACGACGAGCCGCAGAGGUGAAGCAUCACGUGCCAUCCACGCACGCUUCCCACGUACACUGGCGGAUCUUUGCCGGAAAAGGUGCAGAGACGCGAUGUUUCUUAAAGUGGCCGUGGUGGUGCUGAUUCUCUCGGUACUGGAGCAAGUGGUUGGCUCGGAUAAUAUCGACAUUUACGACACCCCGCCGGAGAAGCUCGUCAUCCCCAAAGGACGUCUCUCCCUGCAGAAUACAGCUGAGAUCCAACACUGUCUUGUGAGCGCGGGCGAUGUCGGCUGUGGCGUGUUCGAGUGCUUUGAGAACAACUCCUGCGAGAUACGAGGGCUGCAGGAGAUCUGCAUGACGUUCCUGCAUAAUGCUGGCAAAUUUGACUCUCAGGGGAAAUCUUUCAUCAAGGAUGCUCUGAAGUGUAUGGCCCAUGGGCUUCGACACAAGUUUAGCUGUAUCAGUAGAAAGUGUGUUUCCAUUAAGGAGAUGGUGUUCCAACUCCAGAGAGAGUGUUAUAUAAAACACAAUCUGUGCUCAGCUGCUAAAGAAAAUGUUGCCGUCAUGGUGGAAAUGAUCCAUUUCCAAGAUCUCUUCCCUAAAGGUCCUUAUGUGGAGUUGGUGAAUAUUCUGCUGGGUUGUGGAGAAGAGGUGAAGGAAGCAUUAACUCGUAGUGUCCGGCUUCAGUGCGAGCAGAACUGGGGAGCUUUGUGUGACAGCCUCAGCCUCUGUUCUUCCUUGACGCCUUCGCCCUCAGCUGCCGAACAACGCCGCCCGUCUCCAUCUCACCCUCAGCCGGAGCACCCCCGCCACCCACGCCAUGGUGAUAGAGACAAACCCGGUAAGGCUGGGUUCCACGCUCAUCAUCGCGGUCGCAAUCAGGGACUGCGUCGCCAAAGUCCAGAUGCUGGAGCAGCAGUGGAGCAGGAAGACCCCGAGGCCACUGACAUUAGGAGGUGAAAAUGCAGGAGAUUAUAACACUGAUAAACCCAACACCAUUUAAUAGCACACUUGGACAUUUCACACAGAGCAGAGGGAAAACCAGCCCCUUUUCUGUGUACUUUUUUUCACCUUCUCCAGUCAUUCCAGCAGUCUCACAUGGUAAACUUGCAGGGUAAUUGUGGCAUAGCAUGAAUUGUUAUGUCUGACUAUAGGCCACAUUUUUUAAGGAAUAAUUACUAUUAUCAUGAUUAUUUCUAUUUUUUACUCUUUUGGCUGUAAUCUAGCAUUUCUCUAAUCAUACUUACUGUAAGAUUUGACUAUAUUUGUAUUAUUUAUUUUCUUUAUGCAAUGUUGAAUUAUUAAAAUGUAAAUAGGAUUAAAAAAAGCUAUAUUUAUAUGAACGUGUAUAAAUAUAGUUAAAAUAUAGAAUAGUGAUUCAGGUCGUAUACAGUGUGCUGUUGUUUCCCCCCACAGUAUUGCACCUAUCUCGCAUUGCUCUGUAGAUAUGUAACAUACACCGUCAGUUUCUAAUUGAGAAUGUGCAUUGUAACUAAAUAGAUACUUGAUAGUGAAAUACCAAUUGUACAGGUUUGAAGUCCAGUUCUGGCACAUAUGAAUUGUAGUGCAUUAUUAUAGUGACGGCGCCAACAAAGCAGUUAUGAAUGAACAUGGGAUUCAUACAUAGAUUUAUAUCCAACCACCCCCCAGAACUGCAAAUUGUUGGUAGGUUAACAUUGGAGAGGAACAGUAAUGAGGAAUUUGCUACGAUUUUCGUUUAGAUGCAGAAACAGUCACAUUAUUCAAUGAACAGAACACAUGGCUGUCACGUUUGAGGCUAUCAUACUGGCAAAUGUUCCGACAUUGUCUCCAAUCUUUUUUGUAUCUAGUCAUCAGCACAUGAUUACAUUUCACAGAUAAUCAAUCACAAAAAAAGAAAGGGAGUCCAGUGUUUUACGUGAAUAACUGAGGGGAAUGAAUGUUCUGUUUUUAUGAUGUUGAGCCACAAAUGUCUUUGCUUUUGCACUUUUGUUAGAUUUUGUUGGACUGCUGAAAGUUUAAGAAUGAACCAUGUGACUCGACAACCCCACAAACAUGCCGCUUUGUACAGGGUAUUUAAUCUGACCAAGCACCAAGUUUUGCAUGUAUGCCCAUUGCCUUGCUUGCAACGGUCAAAUCAGCCUAUUUUGUUCUUUCGAGUCACUCACCAAGGUCUGCAGAGAUGAGAGGGCCUGUUUGAGCUGCAGGCGAUAAAGCAAGGACCCAGGAAGUGGGUUAUGUCCACACAUGGUGUAUGUUAUUAUAAAUGUUAUAUUUACAGAGGCCACGAGAGCAUUCCUCUGGGCCUCAGCCAAGAGGCAGCAACUCCAAGAGGUAAGCCUGUGUAGGAAGAAGCACAGAGAAAGGCCUGUUAUUUUUUUCUUAUUAUGUUGUCAUCCCUCAGGUCAUCGACACAAACUGUUGACCUUUUAAGGCCAGCCAUGCUUUUGCAGUAUAAUUCUUUUUAGAAUCAUGUAAAACCAUGCUCCAAAGCACAAUGGCAAAUUACAAUCAACACAAAUGUCAAUUUCCUUUUGUAUGAUAUGAAGCACAAGAACAUUUCCCCCAUUCUUUUACAGAUGUUGGAGAUCUAAGGAGACAUAAGCUAUUUUUAUUGAAUAUGUACUGUGUGUAUGUGUAACAUGACAUUCUGUUUAUUGUAGUGGCUUUCCUUUAAUUGAAGAACAAUAAAGUUUGUUGCUA